UUCUUUAAAGAAGAGCAUCUUCCCCUCUCCAUUUCAAAAUCUUAAGUUUCAUUACCCAUUUUUGUGUUAUUUUCUUUCAAAACCUCAUGUUAGGUUCAAACCCACAUUCACAACUCAAGAACCCUUUUUGAAUCACUUCUUUGACGUCCCAAAAAUCACAUUCAAAACCAAUAAUACACAAAAACGCCAUGGGAGAUCAGCCGGAACAGCUCCAGCAACCACCCGUUGUUUACCCAAACACAUUCACUAAACAGUAUCCAGACCCUUCUUCUUCUUCCUCCUCCUCUUCUGCUUCAAGUGGUUCCUUCGGGACGGUCUUUAUAGUUCUUGCAGUGAUCCUUGUCUUGUCGGCUUUGGCCUGUGUGUUCGGAAGAAUACGCAGCCGUGGCCGCUUCCCUAAGCAGCAGGACAAGCCUCCAAAGCACGAGAAAACUUCCAAGAAGAGCCGUGAGAUCCGACCGGUGGAACACGAGCCGAGAGAAAGAGGGGAUCUUGAGUUUGGGUUCGAUCUGAAACGACCUCUUAGACGACAGCAACACAUGAGAGACAAUGAGUCUCUUCUUGUCCCUUUCACUCGUCGUCCCAAGAGAGGAGGAGGAGGACACCCUCCUCCGGCCAUCAAACAUGGAAGCAGGUUCAAGCUGCCGGAAAAUGGAGAUCUCGAGAUAGAAUUCAGGCCAGGACAUUGAUCGUGUCUCAUGCCAGUGAUCUCCUCUUGCUAUGGAGGAAGUCAGAUAUAUCAAAGUUGGUUCUUUUUUUUUUCUUCUGUAGUUUUUUUCAUCGUUUUUUUCAUGUGGGUCUCGCUUGGUUCUUCAUAUGGGUCUGUAAUUUGGAAUUUGGAGCUGAAACUUUGGAAACAUGUACGGAAAUGAAAUUAUUCUUCUUCA